AUGGGCGGUGGCGGGGAAGAGAAGCCGGCGCUCGAACAAUUCGGAAUCGACCUGACAGCCAAAGCAAAAGAAGGCAAGCUCGACCCGGUGAUCGGGCGGGACGCGGAGAUCCAGCGGACGAUCCAGGUCCUUUCGCGGAGGACCAAGAACAACCCCGUCCUGAUCGGCCAGGCGGGCACGGGAAAGACCGCGAUCCUGGAGGGCCUGGCCCUGCGGAUCGUCAGGGGCGACGUCCCCGAGUCCAUAAAGAACAAGCGCGUCGUCACGCUGGACCUGGGCAGCCUGAUCGCCGGCGCCAAGUUCCGCGGCGACUUCGAGGAGCGCCUGAAGAAGGUGCUCAGCGAGGUGGAGGCGGCCGAGGGCCAGGUCAUCCUGUUCAUCGACGAGCUGCACACCCUGCUCGGGCUCGGCAAGGCCGAGGGCUCGAUCGAUGCUUCGAAUCUGUUGAAGCCGGCCCUGUCACGGGGCGAGCUCCAGUGCUGUGGUGCGACCACGCUGAACGAGUACCGGCUCAUCGAGAAGGAUGUCGCGCUGGCACGGCGGUUCCAGCCCAUUCUGGUCAAUGAACCCACAGUGGAGGACACCAUUAGCAUUCUGCGUGGUAUCAAGGACAAGUAUGAGGUCCAUCAUGGUGUUCGUAUCACAGACGGGGCCUUGGUUGCGGCCGCCACAUAUUCGAACCGUUACAUUACAGACAGAUUCCUCCCGGACAAGGCUAUCGACCUGAUGGAUGAGGCUGCAAGCUCAUUGCGACUGCAGCAAGAGAGCAAGCCUGAGGACAUCAUGAGACUUGACCAGAGGAUCAUGACCAUUCAAAUCGAGCUGGAAAGCUUGCGGAAAGAGAAAGAUGUUGCGAGUCGGGAGCGUCGGGAAAAGUUAGAGAAUGACUUGAAGGCGCUGCAAGACGAGGUCAAGACGCUCAAUGAGCGAUGGGAUAGUGAGCGUGGUGAGAUCGAGACCAUCAAGAAGACACAGGCAGAUCUGGAAAAGGCAAAGGUCGAGUUGGAGAUGGCCCAGAGAGAGGGCAACUUCGGCCGUGCCUCCGAGCUCAGGUACAGCGUCAUUCCGUCUCUGGAGCAAAAGUUGCCCAAGGAGGGAGAACAGGCAAAGACAGACGGUACUCUCAUCCAUGACAGCGUCACCGCGGACGACAUCGCUCAAGUGGUCGCUCGCAUCACGGGUAUACCUGUGUCCAAGCUCACGUCAGGGCACAUCGAGAAGCUCGUACACAUGGAAGACACUCUCCGGCAGUCCGUCAAGGGUCAAGACGAAGCCCUCAAGGCCGUCGCCAACGCCGUGCGUAUGCAGCGCGCCGGGCUCUCAGGCGAGAACAGGCCGCUCGCCAGCUUCUUCUUCCUAGGCCCGACAGGCGUGGGCAAGACGGAGCUGUGCAAGAAGCUCGCGGGUUUCCUCUUCUCCACCGAGUCCGCGGUCGUGCGCUUCGACAUGAGCGAGUUCCAGGAGAAGCACACGAUCUCGCGGCUCAUCGGUGCCCCAUCCGGCUACGUUGGUUACGAAGACGCGGGCCAGCUGACCGAGGCGGUGCGGAGGAAGCCGUACGCUGUGCUGCUGUUCGACGAGUUCGAGAAGGCGCAUCGUGAUAUUUCCGCACUGCUGCUGCAGGUUCUCGACGAGGGCUACCUCACCGACGCCCAGGGCCACAAGGUGGACUUCAAGAACAUCAUCGUGCUGACCUCGAACCUCGGCGCAGACAUAAUCGUGGGUGACAAUUACACUGAGAGCGAGGACGGCUCCAUCUCGCCGGAGGUCAAGAAGGCCGUCAUGGACGUCGUCGGCGCCAACUACCCGCCAGAGUUCAUCAACAGGCUCGACGAGUUCAUCUUCUUCAAGCGGCUGAUCACGCUCAGCGUCCCCGACGGCGUGCGGACGUGGCUCGCCGACAAGGGGUACGAGCCCAAGUACGGCGCGAGGCCGCUCAACAGGCUCAUCACGCACCAGAUCAGCAACAACCUGGCGGACAAGAUCAUCAGGGGCGACAUCAAGAUGGGCGACACGGCUGUGGUGUCUGUCAAGGAGGACGGGUCUGGUCUCGAGGUGAAGGCCGAGGACAAGUCAUAG